CAUGCAUGAGAACGAGUCGAGUACAGUUCACCUGCUGGAGUUUGUCAUGGGAUUUGAAGUACUUGUGCCAAUGUGUACAUUGCCCAUUCUUCCCGAGUAAAUACCACCACCAUUGCUCAUUCAUUCCUAAGUCCACCCAGCUCGCUGCAUUCAAUUAUAGAGAGCAGACGACAUUGGGUUAUGGCCUGGCUCGUUUUGGCGCGAGGUGAAGAUUUUUGGAGCACUCGCGAAACCGAAAGUCAGGCCCAGUAAUUGGACUUUUUCUAAAACUGUCAUAACUCAUAACGAUACACUGGUUACAUGUUUUUGGCAUGUAGUGUGAUGUUCGUGUUAUUCAGACAUUCCCAUGUCUUUACCCAUCUUCUAUUUUGGACCGUUUAAAAGUGAGAGAUUAGCUUAUGGAACCACGAUCACUUGUUGAUACUGGAUACUACUAGAAACUUGAUGCCUCGACUAUUGUAAGCUUUGUUGAAUUUGAAGAUUUAUGGAAUUUUGUUCCGAGUUCUGCAGUAACUUUUGAACGUGGUAUAUACAGUCGUGAUGGAGGAGACGUUUGCGGAGGAGAUUGAGACCGCGAGGAGAACUUUGUUAGAGAACUGUGAUAGUCUGGAACAGAUUGCGAAUUACUGCGAGGACAAUUAUGUUCAGGCAAAAGACAAGCGAGUUGCGCUUGAGGAGACGAAGAAUUAUACGACGCAGUCGUUGGCCAGUGUGGCUUACCAGAUCAACACGCUAGCUACAAGUAUGCUUCAGAUGUUGGACUGUACAGCUAGUACGCUCGGCAACAUGGACUCUAGUAUGAAUCAAAUAAACCUGGCAAUAGAUUUAGAUAACGAGCGGACCUCCCUACAAACUUUCAAGAGCUCCCUGAUGACACCAAAGGACCACACCAGGUCCCACAAGAUCACUAAACCAGACGCCCCGACAUCAUUAAACGACGGGGUCAAAUACAUGUCCAUACCCAUUGACUACGGGAGCCUCGAUGACGUAGGGCAUGGUAUGAAAUUAGGAUUGCCUGGGUCGUCGCCAAGGGUAUCGAGAUCUGGCUCGAUGACGAGUACAACAAGCAGAGGAACUCCGAAAGGCAGCUUGAGAAAGAAGGAUUCUAAACGGAGUGUACGAUCGCCCAUCGCAAUGCCAUCGCGUCCACCAUCAACAUACUCACUGCAGCCGCCUGUCUUUACAGGAGUGGUAUAUCUAGACGAUAAUUUAAAUUCUGAGAGUUCUGAUUACAUACCUUCUCCGCCACCACCACCACCAUUAUCGUCUCCUCCACAUCCCCUUCAAUUAUCAGUCGGAGGGCAUGAUGUUUCUGUUUCAUCUGGCAUCGGGUCUAGUGUGAAGUCAGAAGACCUGGUUACGCCACCUCCGUCACCACCGCCACCACCUCCACCGGAGGGUGACGGGCUAUCGGAUGAGGAGUUACCCCCGCCGCCGAGACCAGCGUCGCUGAUGUUGCCUCAAUCCCAGUCUCCCCGUGCCCCUUCCCCUAAUCUUCAGGAGCAGGUGUCCUACUCACCGAUGGCCAACGGAACAGCAAAUCUCCUGAUCGUUCCAGGUGACGAACAACGGUCUUCGAGGAGUCCCAGCAAAACACAGAAGGCCACAGUGAGUCGAAAGGCAAGCCGGUCUCCUCGACCUAUGAGUCGACCUCCACCGCCACCAUCAGCGCCACCCUCAGCGGCUGGACACAUCAUAUCAUCAGACGUAUCCAACCCCCUCUACUUCGCUGCACCUCCUGCCCCACCCCCACCUCCUGCCCCUGCUCCUACACCGAGCGAUGGUCCCCCACCUCUACCGGGCGUCGGACCGGCACCCCCGCCACCACCGCCUCCACUACCUCCUAUUGGUGGCACAGGUGCAAAGAAGCCGGCCAGUAGCAAUCAUCAAGAACAUUCUACAUCAUUGUCCGAAAAGAAACCCCAGGCCCAGGCAGCAAUGGGUUUUGCAGAUCAACUCAAUCAACGAUUAGCAAAACUGGAGUCAGAAACGGUGGCUGUAGAGGAACAGAGCCUUGAGACGAGAAAUACACCAGACAAGCCUUACAGCAACCAGCCUGUUCACAGUCAACCGCCACCUUUGACAGUGUCAAUACCUGAUCCUGCAGCUGAUUCGGGUCCGGCAGAGGGAGAUAUGCCAGAUGCAGCAAGAACUGAAUUUAUCUCUGAAGAAACACCAGCAUGGGCACCAUCCGAGUUUUUAUGGAGAAGUGUGGCGCUCUUCGACUACGCGGCCCUGCGCGAAGACGAGAUGACAUUCCAAGAAAAUGACGUCAUUUACCUAACUCAUGAUUUCAACGAUGGAUGGUUCACAGGCGUGUGUAACGGCGUCACAGCCCUGGUACCUGGUAACUACGUCGAACAAAUAUUUACCGGUAACUGGUGCUAAUCAAAAUUAUUCGAGCUUAGCCCAACUCCCGGUGAUUAACCAAGACCUUGAAGCACAAGAAAGACAAGAAACCAUGAACCGAUGAUCGUGUUGCGAAUCGUAGUGACGCCAAACCAAUCGCAAGACUCUCUCCGACUGUCCCCAUGCCUUGGUUCCUGGUAAUACCACGAAAGAUUCUUCAAGCUCUCGACGACCUUGACCAUAAUCACUUGUUGAUGUAUAAAAAGGACACGAAGUUACGAACUGUCACCCUGCGAAUCGUAGUGAGGUCAGACAAGUCGCAAGAUUUACUGAAAGAACUUUAGACAUCUCGAGACCACCGUAGCUAAGCGAUCCGGCUGCGAUCCGAUUAUGUAGAAAUAUAUCAACGUCUUUAGAUAUGAAAAUGGGGGUUCCUCAAAACAUAUAAAUGAAGUUGUAAAUGACAGUGUAUUACUGGCUGCAUUCGAGCUAGGUAAUGUGUCGGUCGGCUGCGAAUCGAAAUGUUUUCAGGCCAUACAGUCACAAGAGUGUUCCUGAUUUGGAUCCGACUUGGCAUUUUCAUUUCCUAAAAGGCCGAGAAUGUCCCGCAAUGUCAAUUUUACCUCUCAUAUUUAUGACCACUAUGAACUACUAUCACAAAAUGUUUGCACCUUUAGGAUCCUAUUUAUAUACUCUUGUAAUGUCUUUAAAGCCCCUCUAAAGUGUUGGGAGCCCCAAUUUCGCCAACAAUUUGAUGGCAAAAUUUCACUUAAAGUGUAUCAUAAUGUGAAAGAGGAUGUCAUUAAUUUUAAGACACACUUCGUCAAAGCUUUUCGCCCCAAAAUGUGUUUAAAGACAAAUAUUGAUAAAAGAAUACAUAAUUUGGGUUUUCUGCUGUACACAGA